AUGUAGAAGUAAGAGAAGUCCCCAUUAUCAACUUUAUAAAGCUUUGGAGAUAUAUCACCAGUGCCUGAGGAAGAUGAUACUGAGAUAAGGACUAUAUUUACAUCUCCAUUAACAACAAAUAAUUCAAAGAGAACUUAAUCGUUUUAAUUUACUUAAGGAAUCAGAAAAACAUCUUAAGUUUUAGAAUUAACUGAGAAGCUUUAUUCUUGGAAUUCUUAUUUGACUAAAAAGUUCUCUGAAAGUCCAACCAAAUUUUGA